AACGGCCAAAUGGAUGACCUCCCCCGCGCUUUUAAACCAAUCUGCACGUCGGAAUUUUCAUUUUUUGGUUAUCUGAACCAAAUUGUGUUCCUUUCUUUUGCACAAUGUCGUCUUUGCCAUCAUCCACUUCAUCCACUGCGACACGACAACCUGAUUAUUAUACACCACAAAAUAUUAAUGCUCGCCCAACUCCUCCUUUCAGGCCGCCGCAUCUUAUGCAGCACCAGCAACCUCCUCCUCCUCCAAUGAUGAAUCAGCAGCAGUAUAGACCUAUUUUUAAUGACAAAGUUCGACCUAUACAGCGACAGCAACAUCAACAGCAGCAACAGCCGUUUGCACAGCCAUCAGCGCCAGUAUUUCAGCAGCAACAGCUUCCUAGCGUACAACCAUUAACACAUAGUAGUGGGUUUGUUCCUCGCAAUGCUGCUCAACAGCUGCCACAGCAAUUAUAUGCAACAAACCCGAUAGAGCAGACAAUUCCUCAAAGCACCUCACAAAACAGUAAUAGUGGUUUGAUCACUCCGAUUAAUAAAUUAAUGUCCAAUAUGACGCUUGAUAAAAACGGUCAUCAUGCUAGUAAUCAGCAAACAGGACGAUCCAGGCGCGUUUAUGCAGCUUUGGACAACCCUAAAUCGAUUCCAUCCCCUACUGCUACCACCAACCAUAGCGUGCCCUCUUCUACAACAUUUCCAACAAGUGGCGGCAAGACGCCUUUAGGUAUGCCCACUCGGCCUAUUCUCAAACCACGUAUCGAUCCGAAUGCUAUUCCCUCACCUAUACAGUCCCAAAUGAAGAAAAACGAAGAACGCCUCCAAUCGAUACUUGAAAAUCAACAACCCAAUGGGAGUUUUCAUCAGCAUCACCACUUGACAGGUGAAUACGUUAACAAUGGCCAUUAUCUAUCAGAGGAUCAACGACAGCAACUGAAUUGUCAUUCACAAAUCAUGCAACCGACCUUACCUUGUAUUCCAGACUCGGAAAAUCUGAUAAGAGAUACCGAACUACCAUUCGGCAUUGUUUUGCAGCCUUACUAUUCUUUUGCAAAAGCAACAUCAAUAAUGAAAGAAGAAGUACCUGUUUUGAAGAAAGAGGAGCUUAUUCGAUGUACACGAUGUAAAGGGUACAUCAAUGGAUUCUGUCAAAUUAACAGUACAGGAUUCAUUUGUAAUUUAUGUGGGUUCGAAAAUAAAGAUAUCGUGCAGUUGAAGAGCAAUAGUAUUGGUGAUGUCAGCUUCCCAUCAUUCGAACUUAUGUCCAACGGAACCGUUGAGUUUGAUGUACCUAAGGAAUAUUGGGCAACAAACGGUGACGAGAAAGGAUCAAUAGUAAAACCUGUACCGUUGCAUUGGCUAGUUGCAAUUGAUGUGACCAAAUUUGCAGUCCAGUCGGGCAUAGUACACACAAUCUGUAAUAUAUUGAAAGAGUGGAUACAAAAGCAAAAGGAAAUUGCAGCAAGAGAUGGCAGUAAAAAUAACAUUAAAAUAGCUAUCAUGACAUUUGAUAAGACACUUCAUUUUUAUGAUUUAAGAAAGGAGCAACCGAGUAUCAUGGUCGUAUCUGAUUUGGAUGAUGUCUAUGUUCCUAUGUCAACUGAUCAUUUAUUCAUAGACUCAGUGGAAGCCAGUACUACUAUCGAAGCUUUGCUAGAACGACUACCUACUCUGUACGAAACUACCAUGAUAACUCAUGCUGCGUUUGGCGCUGCUGUCCAAUGUGCAUAUGCAGCUCUGAAAUCGACAGGAGGCAAGACGUCCAUCGUACAAACUACUUUACCUUCCAUUGGCCCUUCAAGUAGCAUUUUGAAAAACCGUGAUGAUCCUAGUUUAUAUGGUACAGAACGAGAAAAGAGCUUGUUUCUACCUCAAGAUAAAUCAACCUUCUAUAAGCAAAUGGGUACAGCAUACGCUGAAUCUGGCAUAUCCAUCGAUUUAUGGUGCUUUCCACCAAAUGCUCCUGAUAAACAUAGCUACAUAGAUUUGGCUACCAUAGGUGUCUUAUCUGCAUUAACAGGCGGAGAUAUACAUUUUUAUCCAAAUUUUAGCAAUAGUAGCAAUGAUCCUUAUGCGCCGCCACUAACCCCCAAUAGCGACAAUACCAAGCAACAGGAUCAAAUUCGACGUGUGACACAUGAUCUAACUCAAUCUAUACAACGAAAACAAGGAUAUAGUGCAAUGCUAAGAUUAAGAUGUUCUAAUGGUUUGUCGGUGGGUGAGCAUUAUGGUAAUUUCUAUAUGAGUAACGCUACUGAUAUCCAACUCGCCAACAUAAAUGAAAACACUUGCAUUGGUAUUACACUCAAACAUGACAGCAAAUUGCCAGCCAACCAACCUGUCUAUUUCCAAUGCGCUGUACUUUACACAACAGUGGAUGGUCAUCGUCGUGUACGCGUUCAUAAUCUUUGCUUACAAGCCGGAUCAAGUGCUAAUGCUAUAUUUAAAUCAGCUGAUUUGGACGUAUCCAUGACCUUCCAUAUAAAACGUAUGAUUUCACAAGUUACAGCUAAGAAAUCUUUGAACGACAAUGGAAGCGCUUUGGAUAAUCUAGCAAUACAUAUAUUAUCCGCCUAUCGAAAAUAUUGUGCACCAGAUGCUUCGCCUGCUCAAUUGAUUUUGCCGGAACAAUUUAAAAAUAUGCCGCUUUUAUGUUCAGCCUUAAAGAAAUCCAUACUCCUUAGAAAAGAUACCAAGAUCAAUGUUGAUACCCGCCUAUUCAACAUGAGAAAAAUGAAGGGGUUAUCAGUACCCGAGACGAGUCAGUGGCUCUAUCCUCAAUGCAUUCCACUCCACAUUUGGUUCGAACAAUUACAGCAGCAGCAGCAGCAACAGCACCCUUCUUUUACAGCAGGCACGGCUGAUUCAUUCCUUUCAACUUUUUUACUGACGCCACCUUUGGAAAGACUCUCUUAUGAUCGCUUUGAUACGAAAGGAAUAUAUUGGAUUCAUAGCCACGAUACAAUUUUCCUAUGGAUUGGUCAUGAAGCACCUGCUUCUAUCGUAAAUGGACUCUUCAGCCCUAGCACUACUGACCCUGUACAAAGUAUUGUUACUGUAGCAUCCAAUGAUGACACUGAUUCUAUUUAUAAUGCUCUACUACGAAAACUAUACCAGCAAUCCAUAUCUGCGACUGCCUAUUUGCCAUCAUUUCAAAUCGUUCGACAAGGUGUUGACUUGGAAGUGAGUUUAGCCCAUGUUUUGGUAGAGGACGCCAUUUAUCAAGAAUUAAGCUAUGUCGAUUAUUUAUGUCUUUUACAUAAACAGAUCCAACUCGAGUUGGAGAGAGAGAAACAGCAAAGUGCUAUAUCAGCUGCUUCCUACUGGGCUCAUAGAUACUAAGAAUAUACACAGACAAAUGUAGCAAUAAGCAUUUUUAUUAUUGUCGUUAUGUGGGCACAACAUUAAAAAAAUGAUAUAUUUCGUCUUCUUCCAUCAUCGCCACUUGUAUACCGCAGUUAUCACAGACAACUUUAUAAUAAUAUUCGUCUUCAUAUUUAUAUCGUUCAUUUUUAAUUGCAUGACAAUUAUGUACAAACAUGGCUCUGAAUUGAUUUGCAAACUUUUCAUGCCUAAAGCGAGAAAAUAUU